AUUUCAGUCCAGCCAACACUUAACGCAGAUUUGUCAAGUAGAGAUAAAACUGCAAAAGAGGGGGAUACAAUAAGCCUUGUCUGCAAUGUAAGUGGAACACCGCAUCCUAAUGUGACCUGGUAUCGCAGGUCUAUAAGCGACCAAAAGCAAAAUGAAAGAAUAGGCAUGACUGGAGAGGGCCUGAAUACAUGUCUUCUAUGUUGUGUUCCAGGGAUAGGCAUGACUGGAGAAGUUUUGAUGAUCCGCAACAUUUCCCGUUACUGUAAUGGCCUCUAUGAGUGUGUUGCAGACAACGGGGUAGCUAACGCAGUCAGCCAUGUAAUCAAAGUUACGGUUUUCUUUGCACCAGAGAUUUAUUUACCUACCAAAAGAAUUGGACAAGCAUUAGCAAAAGAGACAAUAUUAGAAUGCAAAAUAACUGCUAUGCCACAAGGUGUUACAAUGUGGAGAAAGAAUGGUACAGAAUUGCAAACGGGAUGGAAGUAUAGAAUAGAUGCUUAUGGUGAUGAUGAAUAUACCAUCACACUAAGCUUGCGUAUAAGACAGAUAGCAAAAGAUGAUUAUGGAGUUUAUACAUGUCAGGCUUCCAAUCGACUUGGACGCGAUGAAAAAAGUAUGGUAUUAUAUGAAAUUGGAAUAUCAAGCACAAAGUCUACGACAGUCAGUUCUUCAGGAACACCUGGCAGAGAAAUCUUUAUUUCUGGAAAACAUCCACAAUAUCCUGUUAUAACACAGAGGAAUCAUCAGACUAAGACAACUCCCUUUGCAAGUGGAAGUUCUCGAAUUGAACAAGGACAUUAUAAAGAUACUGCAACCUCUCUAUACACAGUGCCAUCGUCCAUUUUAAUUCUGAUUACCAUAUUGCCAAUUCUUGAGUUACUCUCUGGAGUGUGAUGCAAUUUUUUCAGCUUGUACAUUUUAUUAAACAACUGGAUUUUUAAAUGUUGCUGCUGCUGCUACUGCUGCUGCCGCCACUCAAAGUCUAAAUACAAGAAAGUAAUGGACUUUUACAUUUUUUUUUUUAAAUUUUGUUUUUCCUCCAU